AUGGAGUCCACGGGCGAGCCAGCCACCGCCGGCAUGGCGGAUCCACCGUCAACCGAGCAGUUACUCCAAGCUGCUGCCUCAGCCGACGACGAGGACCUGAGGCGCCUGACGCAAUACUACACGACAGAUAUCGACAUUCGAAACCAGGACGGACUCAGCGCACUGCACUUGGCCAUCUUAUCACAUCAUGAUGGGGCCGUAGAAGCUCUCGUCGAGGCAAAUGCCGACAUCGAAGCGACAACGCCUGAUGGUAGAAGGCCCCUAUUCCUAGCCAUCGAGGGGUCACGAACCGAGGUGGUGCGGUUCCUCUUAGCCCAUCAUGCUCUCGCCGAUGCAGAUGCCGGCGGCAGAAUGCCCCUGCAUGAAGCGGCGUCUCGAGGCAACGUCCACAUCGCGCGACUCCUCCUCGACUAUGGAGCAGAUAUCCAAGCUCUAAGCACAGACGAGAGGGAUGCUUUGUUCUUCGCUGUGAGGAGCCAAGAUUUGGCCGUGGCCCAGCUGCUACUCGACCGCGGCGCGGAUCCCGACGCUUACCUUUCAGAGGACCCCCCGACUGCGCUUCACCUGGCCUCGGAGCUGUGCGACGUUGAAAUGAUGCGGAUGCUACUCGAGCGAAGAGCAAAAGUGGACUUGAGAGACUUCAACGGCGCGACGCCUCUUUUCAGAGUUGUCGCUGCGGGGAACAUCGAAGCUGCCAAGCUCCUGCUUCAGCAUGGGGCCAGUAUUCGCGUGUGGGCGUCUGGCGGCUUCUCGGCUCUUGACCUUGCGGAUGGGAAUCUCGAGAUGCUUGAGCUUCUCAACGGAGACAGGGUGCUGCAAGGGCCAAAAGUACGAGGGGCUGGGCCGGCAGACGAGCCGGAGGCCACCUUCACGGUUCUCAAGCCUCCUCCAACGCCGGCCGAGCACGAGCGCGAUAAGUUGACCGCUUGCCAGGGCUUCAACGCCAUCAUUACAGAUUUUUUCCUGAAUGGAGAAGAACACGAGCAGUCGGUGCCCAAGACGGCAUCGGUGUGGUCAAAAGCUCGAUACUAG